AUGAUCGUGCGAUCACAUUAUCCUAAAAAGAAAUCGUUGAGAAAAGUGUUUGGGGGUUUCCUGCCUGGACCUCUGGAGAAACUUGUGAAGCAGAAAGCAGAGAAGGAGAAGAAAGAGAAGGCAAAGUCGCGUCCCCAAGCAUCCGUAUCAUCGUCACCGGCAUCGGCAGCAAAGCCUUCGACAUCCCCCCAAGUAGAAGGAAUCACAGCCUGGGCUUCAGAAACAUAUCUGCUACCGGAAGCACCGAACCCUCUUUCAGAGAGCAACGUCGAAAGCCCCGUGAUUCAGAAGCAGAUCUUCAUCGCAGCGAGCAACAGCAACAUUGACGAGUCCAACAUUACUACCGUCGACCCUCGAGGUCAACCUCAGACACGAGCCCUUUAUCCUUUGGAUUACAACACUCUCGUUACCUCAGCUCUCUAUUCUGAGCCAUAUUCAUUACCAAUAUCAGAACAGUACAUCCAGUAUACUGCUCCCAGUUUUACCUCCUCUAUCACCCAAGCGUCGGACUUGGACUUUGAUAUCAAUGACAGCUUUCCCCUGCCAGAGUCAACCCAGACCACAUCCAAGUCUUUCCAACAAUCCAGGACACAAUUUGGUGCUCCCUCUAUCCAGAGCCCUCUAGUACCAGACUACAUCCAAGACUUUGGUAAUCCUUCUGGCCUUGCUUGGCCUUCAGACAUGGGACACGACGUGCAACAAGAACUACCGCCACCCGGCCCCAGUAUCUCCUCCUGUUCUUCUUCUGGACAGGAUUUGAAUCUAGUCAAAGCAACAUAUGAUGGCGGCUAUUCAACCCGCCAAAAGGUCACAUUCGAUAAGGAUUUGGACUUGAGCUUCAUAGCCCAAAGUUCUGUCGAAACACUCCAUCGUUCGUCUCUUAUACAAGUUAUAAGUGUCCCACCAGGAAUCGGCAGAAAGACUAAAUGUCCCAGUGGUGCAUUGAUCGACAUAGAACAGAUCCUGUACGCCUGGGUAGAGUUCGAGUCUCAUCGCCUCACAUUCCCUCCUACUCGACUAUAUUUCGUCGUAUACAAUGACUUUAUAGGCGACGAUGGUAUUCAUAUAACCUUGGGCCGUGAUUGGGUCAACAAAAUCCAACAGGCCGGUCCUCAGAUUGGUUACCAAGGUCAACCAUAG